CGGACUGCUCGAAGCGGUUCCGAGAAAACCGGUAGGAUUCUCCUCGUAAUUGGAAAAUUAAUCGCAGUUACGUCGAUGUCUAGCAACUUAAACAAAAGCAAGAAUUACUGUCGAAAAUAUAGAUCGAUAGAGACACGAUUGUUAAAAGCGUGAGGUCUUUCUCGUAUAGAAAAGAGAGACGGUGAAAGGAAGAGCACGACUUCUCACAACCCCGAAUCGGAAGAAAGUCAAAGAUCCGACCGGUUCGGUCGUUUCUAAGUAUAUUAGAGGACGUUAAACGUUUCGUAAGACAGCUCUCCUCUUCUACCACGAAAAAAAACGAUCAUUCGUCUUUCGGGACAAUUUAGUUCCGAUUCCUCGUAGACGGCCGACGACUCUCACAACGCAAAUUUAAUCUUCGUAGUUAAUUGCGCAAGCAGCGGACGAUCGUCGAGAACGAUCGAGCUUAGAGCGACUCGAUCAUUGUGCAACGAGCACGCUUUAAAUCUUCCUGCUCGGGAAGUCAUAUCUUCUAAUACGAGAACUUGAACUUAACCUAAGCUCAAUCGAGCGUAAUCCCCGACGUAUCCGAGCGAUAGUGAAAGCGCGAUCUCUCGAUCUGCCGUUUUUCUUAUGGGAUGAAAUCGCAUUUUUGCGAUCCUUACUUCCUAUCCUUUUUUUUUCUAUUCUUUUUUUUUACAUAACGACGAACUCAUCGUCGGAUAUCGUCUCUUCGUACUUCCUCCCCUCCAUUAGAAGAGCACACUUUUUAAUUCUUGUUUUCAUUCUCCUUACUUUCACACACAUGCGCCUCUGUCUACAAUUCCCUUUGACGGUUUAAGAAGAAAAAAAAGGCACCUUCGAUCGAACAGAAGCAGGUGCUUAAGAGAGCGUAGUUACAUAAGAAGAAAAUAAAAAUCCUCGAACGAAAAGGGACUCGCGUCGAUCGAGUCGCCUUCGCCUUGUUCCUCGUCUACGAGGUGGGUAACGAGGACGUCUCGUCGUUGGAUCCCCUCCAAAGGAGAACUCAGGAUGUUGUAGCUUGGCUUGGAAGAGUUGGGAGUCCCGUAUAACAGAACGCUCUUCCUCUAUUUGAUGCCCCUCCACCGUCUACUCGUCCACUUCUCUAUGUGUGUCUCUAUGCCUAGGGCAUCUAAGAGCCUAACCGGAGAAACGCAUUUGCUAUAAAAGCUUCGUAUGUUCGAAGGAAUUCGUCAGAAGAGUGACGAACCGUAACAAAAAAAAAGCAGCGCCAAUACUCGCUGCUCCUUUUUAGUUCUUCGUCGCGAACGAGAGGACUCCUGGAAGUCGAAGAUGCGGCUCGCACUGGUCAGUGUCCCUCCCCUGAUCUUUAUUAAUUAAAUCACGCGACGUUGUUCCUUCGCACCUAUCUUCGGCUAUAAUUUUCUCGAUGUUAGAUGUGACAAAGUGCGCGAGGUCAGUGCAAGCAACGAGAAGCGAUUCGGAAAUGUGAUUCAUUCUGUGUUCAUUCUGUCCGACGAACAAGUGCAUUUUCUUCAUUCGAUCUCAAAGCCUUCUUUCGAUCCGUUCGACGUUAUUGGCUACGCUUCUAGUAAAUAUCUGUAGUCGUCCGAUCUUAAGCGACGAACGGGAUAAGAAGUUAUUCGUCGAAACAAGAAAAAAUAUUAUAAAUCAUUCGGUAGAGAUUCGAACGUACGAAGGAACGAUUUUAUCGUUCUGCUAGCUCGAUGCUUUCGCAUGAUCCUUUGCGAACAAGAAAGUGCAUCGACGUGUCACGAUAGGAUGCACGCUCGAAUACAGCGUUUAGACGUAAAAAACUGCGUGUCGAAUGUCACUCGAUACAAAGUCGAGAGUCGAAUGUCAAGGAGCAUCAAGCAUUCGUUAUUUCGCGAUCUAAAGAAAGCGGGUAUUAGGGAGAGGGAGGAAGAAGGUACAUCGUAGUAGAGAUGGUGUUGUCGCCACGUACACGAGACAAAAAAUGCACAACGAGUCUCUCUAGUUAUUUCAGCUGAAUGAAUUAAUAGGUACCGUUAUUAUCUGUAGCGUGGCAAAGGUAUUUGUAGGAUCUCGUGAAUGAAAUUCGUUCGGUAAUUUAUUUACUAUAUAGAUCUUUAUGCAUAUGCAAUAGGAGACGAGCGAUAUUUCAAUAGAAAUUUAAAUAGAAAUGUAAAUAUAGAUACAUCGGCGAAUCGUCAGCAUUCUCCGCUAUCAGCCAGUUAAGUAGAUGUCCUCUCAUCAUUUUCACUCGGUGAAAUGGAAAGUUGCGCGAAAGAGACGGAGAGAGAGAGAGAGAGAGAGAGAGAGAGAGAGAGAGAGAGAAGGAAAAGAAGGAGAAAUUCACGAAAAUAUUUAGGAGGAAUCCAUGAGAAUGCUAUAGCGUCAAUGAUAAAAUGAGAUUUGAAUUCGUUUUGCGAUCUUCAGAGUGUCGGGACGAUCGUAGAUCGAUCACGAUCCAUGUAAUUCGUUGCAAGAUCGUAAAUAUCUUCGGUUUCGAUAUCGAUAGGCGAUAUACCUAUAUGCUUCGUAACGAAUCUCGUAAUAAUAUCUUCAGGAGGGACAAGGAAAGAGCCGGGCGUAAGACGAAAUUGCGCUCGAGGAUAAAAAUGAAAGGAGAAAGAAAGACAAAAUCAUGGCGCAUACUUUCGCUUGGUCCAGCCUAAUGGAUGGCCGAAGUUUCACGUUCCUCCGGCUGUGAAGAACAAAAAAAAAAAAGAAAACACGAGAGUAGCGAGGGUUCACUCGACCCAAUUUCCAGACUUUCAUUUUUGAAUGACGCGCUCAUAAAAUCGCACAAGAUAUUGCUGGGACUCCUGUUCGUCGUCUCCGCCAUCGGCGAUCCGAUCAGAACGAAGAAAGAAGCACCACCUAGUCCACAGUAUGGUCCGCCUGCUGCUUCUUACGGUGUACCGAACGUAGGUCCUUCGGAUUCGUACGGCGCUCCACCACCGCCAUCGUCGUCUUAUGGUGCACCAUCUGGACCAUCGUCUUCUUACGGUGCCCCGUCUGGACCAUCAUCGUCUUACGGCGUUCCUUCGUCGUCCUACGGCGCGCCAUCUUCCAGCUACGGAGCGCCAUCCUCCGGGCAUGGCUCUUUCGGCGGUGAUCACGGAUCCUUCGGAGGAGGCGAUCAUGGAUCGGAUCACGGAUCGUUAGGCGGAGGAUCGUUCGACAGUGGUUACGGGGGUGACGGACACGGAUCUUCAUAUGGCGGCGGCGGUGGCGGCGGCGGUGGCGGCGGCGGUUUUGGUGGAGAUUUUGGAUCGUACGGAGGAGGACAUCACGGAGGUGGAGGUGGAGGAGGCGGUGGUGAUUUUGGAUCGUACGGAGGAGGACAUCACGGAGGAGGCGGCGGUGGAGAUUUCGAUUCGUUCGGAGGAGGACACCACGGAGGUGGAGGAGGAGGCGGUGGAGGCUUCGAUUCGUUCGGAGGAGGACAUCACGGAGGAGGAGGAGGAGGAUCCGCGCUCGGUCCCGUUUACGGUCCACCCUCGCAAUCCUACGGUCCUCCGGCGCCUUCCUACGGUCCCCCGGCGCCCUCCUACGGUCCACCGGCACCGUCUUACGGUCCACCUGCUCACGAUCAGCCGAAAGGAGUAUGGAAAAAAAAGCUCACGUGGAAGGCCGAGUGGAAGCAAGUAUGGAAAACGGAGUCUAAACUAACGUGGAAACAGGAAUGGAAGAAGGUUCAGGUACCAAUUUGGAAGGAAGUACAGGUGCCAGAAUGGAAGGAAAUUCAAGUGCCAGCUUGGAAGAAGGUACAAAAACCUAUUUGGAAGGAGAUCCAAGUACCUAUUUGGAAGGAGAUUCAGGUACCAGCUUGGAAGAAGGUUUGGAAGCCUGUCUGGAAGGAGAUUCAAGUACCGAUUUGGAAGGACGUUCAAGUGCCCGACUGGAAGAAGAUUUGGAUACCAGAGUGGGUAAAGAUCGGUAUUCCCGGCGAACAGUACGUCGGCAAGGAUCAACACGGUUGGCAAUAUACCAGUCACGAUCUCUGGAAGAAGAAACUCAUUUGGAAACCGAUCUGGAAGAAAAUUUGGAGGACGGAGAAGAAGCAAGCUUGGGUUACGGAUAAGAAGCUCGAAUGGAAAGCCGAAUGGAAGCAAAUUUGGAAAACCGAAAAGAAACAAGUUUGGGUGACGGAUAAGAAACUAGUAUGGAAGGAAGAGUCCGUACAGGUUUGGUUACCUAAAAAACAACAGAUUUGGGUCACGCAAAAGAAGCAGGUGUGGAAGGACGAAUGGAAAAGCAAGUGGGUACCGGUUUGGAAGAACGUACAAGUACCGGCCUGGAAGAAGGUUUGGAAGCCCGUUUGGGAGAAAGUUUGGGUACAAAUAGAAUCCCAUCACGACGGAGGCCACCAUGGUUACAACUAAUACGAUGAUAUUAGCGUAGUCGUUAGGAGAUCAAAGUUAAUCUCGUUAGUUAACGUUCCAAAGUUCGUAGAACGUGUUUCAAGUACGGAUCGAUAAUUUCAAACUCGACGAUAAUCCCUUGCUCGACGAUUAUCCUAACGAAUGAGAUAGAAAGCAUAGUAUUUCGUCGAUCGCGUCGGAAUAAGGAGAAUAGACUCGUGAUAUUGCGAUUUAAGUAUUCCGUUAAUGCCGAAUGAAUCGCUACAAGUCCUUGCCCCCUGUAAAUAAGGAGAUUAAAAGAUUGCAAGCGCAUCGAUAUUUUUGUACGUUUUGCGUUUACUUUAAUCUAAUAAAUAUUCUUUUUUACCA